CCAUGUACACGGUCUGACGGUACACGAAGCUGAAGCCGUCAAAACCCGCGGCGUUUGUCCUACAACUGCCAAACCCCGAACCCCGGGCCAUGCGAGCCUGUUGAUUGGCCGCGAAACCCCUCGCCUCCAUUGUGAUCCUGAUCCAUGUCGUCGAUUUAAACCACAUCUUCGCCAUCGACUGCGAAGUUUGGUCCUUAGAGCGUGGUCUAUUGAAUACAAAAUAUACUGUCAUCAUGAGCAGCCAAGAAGAACCCAGGCCACCGUUCCCGCCCUUCACCGAAGCAACGGCGAAAGCCAAGGUGAAGGCGGCGCAAGAUGCGUGGAACACCAAGAACCCCGCCAAGGUGAAGCUGGCGUACACUACCGAUUCUAUCUGGCGAAACAGGGACACAUUCCUCAAAGGCCGAGAUGAUAUCGAGCAGUGGCUGACCACGAAGUGGGAGAGGGAGAAUGGUUACCGCCUCCGCAAGGAACUCUUCGCCUUCACUGACAACAAGAUUGCCGUCCAGUUCUGGUACGAGUGGCAUGACGAGUCGGGGCAGUGGUGGCGGACUUAUGGCCUCGAGGACUGGACUUUCGCCGAGAACGGCCUGAUGGGCAAGAGGCAAAUGAGCGGAAACGAUGUCAAGAUCGAAGAGACGCAGAGGUGGUUCCGCGACGGCGUGGACGUGAAUGAGGUUGCCAUCAGCGAGGAGCAUUGGUAGCUGGGGUGGGCACGAAUAAUAGAGAACAGCAUGAAUUAUCGUGGCCUUCGAGCCUAGACGAAUACCA